AUGGAAGAUCCAAAUAAUAAUAAUAAGAAUGUUGGACAACAGACUUUGAUUGAUAUUGAUGAUGACCUAAAUGGCAAUAACAACAACAAUAAUAAUAAUAAUAAUAAUGAAGGACAAUCAAUACAACAACAACAACAACACCAACAACAACAAGAACAAUAUACACUAUCAUCAGUAGAUACAUCUCCAGAGACAAAGAGGAAAAAGAAAAAGAAGGACAAGGAUAGGGCAACUGAGAUAUUACAUAAAGAUGCUGAUCAUCACAAUGAACAUGAACAUGAACAUGAACAUGAUAUAGAGGAGGAAGAAGAUGAGGAGGAGGAUGAUCAUCAUGAUGAUGAUCAUGAGGAAGAUGAUGAUGAUGAAGAGGAGGAUGAAGGUGAUGAUGAGGAUGAAGAGGAGAAACGUGCACAUAAGCAAGCAAAGAAGGAGGAGAAGAAGAAACUAAAGAAACAGAAAAAGGCAAAGAAGAAGGAGAAGAAGGAGAUGAAGAGGAGGAUGAAGGAGCAACAACAUGGCAUGCAUGAGGAAGGAAGGGAGGAGAAGGAAGAGCCAACCUCAACGACUACAACAACUACAACUACCACGACCACUGGAGCUCCUGGACAAGGCGGGUUCGAGACAUUCAUUCCAAAGCCGCCAACAAUGAUAAAGCUCCCCAAAAAAAAGAAGGAAAAGAAGAAGGACCGAACUGAGCUGACCAGGCGAUCAAGUAGUAGCAAUGUGUUGGACGAAUUGAUGUCACAGGUGCCAGUAACCUCGGUGUCUGGUGGCGGUGUCGGCAACAUCAACAGUAUACCUGAGGAGUUCCUAUCGUUUGACAAGAUUCCACCUCGUUACAGCAACUAUCCUGCAUCGUACCAACAACAACAGCAGCAUGCCAUCGAUAUGAAGUUGGGCAAGGGCAAGAUCCCCGUGUGGAGAAAGGUCCUGAGCGAUGACUCCAAACUAUUCUCCAACGAGAGGACCUGGAUGAGCUGGGUUGGACUGACAUUCUCUUUGGGUGCCAUUGGAACAUCGAUCAUCACAUUCUUUGGAACCGAGAACAUUGCAUUGUUCACAGGUGUAUCCCUAUGGGUAAUUGCCCUCGGAUUCCUAAUCUACUCAUAUGUAAUGUUUAGAAGGAGACGACAUGCAAUCCUUACCAAGACCAAGGGUCCUUACUAUGAUCCAUACGGUCCUGUUGCAAUGGUUGUUACUGUAAUGUUCUCAGUGUCACUAUUCCUUAUAUUCUUCAUAUGGAAGAGGCCGUCGGCAAUUGUAAAGAGAGGUUAA